CUUUUAUCAUCGGUCGUAGGUAGCGCGAUAUUAUUAUAGUGGGGUGGUGAGGUAAACGAUUUUUGCACUGCGAAUGUCUGUCCUGCCACCGUUCAAUUCAUUUGACAAUUCGAAGCCGGCGACCAAUAAAAUAUUGCAAUACUUUUGUUGUGAUAAGACCUCAAAGCCCGGGAUUUAAUAAAUAUAGGUACAAUUUACAAUGGAAAAUCGACAACAAAUACCAAUAUCUAUUAGUUGUUUACCAGCGACAUAUGAGUAUAAAAAAUCAAAUAUUUCAGGAAUGUAUGAAGCAUUACAAUCCUUACGCAAUGAUAAGGUUUUUUGUGACAUUACACUGGUAACACAGAAUGGUUUUAAGAUAUUUGCACAUAAAGUGAUUUUAGCAUCGGCUAGUCCAUAUUUCCAUGAAAAGUUCACAAAUUUAUCAGAAAAGAAUAAAGAUCUUGUUGUUAUAGGAGAACUAGAUUCUACCACCUUACAACUCUUAGUAGAAUUUGUUUAUUCCGGAAAAAUAGUGGUCACCGAAAGAAAUGUACAGGAUUUGUUACCAGCAGCUAAUCUUUUGCUGUUGAACGAUGUAAACGAGGCAUGCUGUGAAUUUUUACAGGAACAACUGCACCCUACAAAUUGUCUUGGUAUAAAAGCGUUCGCUAAUUUACACUGCUGUUCGAAAUUAUUAACAAGUUCAGUAUUGUACAUUCAACAAAACUUUUCGAGAGUUGUUGAGGGUGACGAAUUCCUGUCCUUAUCAUCAGAAGAAGUAGUUAUGUUGAUCUCCAGUGAUGAACUCGCAGUUCCAUCUGAAGGAAAAGUAGUUGAAUGUGUUAUUCGUUGGGUUAAGUACGAUUUGGAUUCUAGAAAAUGUAAUUUACCCCAAUUAAUGGAACAUGUACGUUUACCAUUAGCAUCAAAAAACUACAUAGAUUCAAAAGUCGUUAAAGAACCUCUUCUCAAUAAUUGCCUUAAAUGUAAAGAGUAUAUAGACGAAGCUUUACAUUUUCAUUUUCUUAAGAGAAAUCAGUCAGAUCAAGUUAUCACAAUUCCGGAAGGCAUCCAGUAUAAGCCUAGACUUGGAAAUAAAGUUAUUUUAGUGGUUGGUGGAUAUGGACAUACCACGUCAGCUGCAGGUAGUACAGAAUGGUACGACCCAAAAAAUAACCAAUGGUAUUUUGGACCAAUAAUGAUAACACGUCGUGAUGGAGCUGGUUUAGCUGUAUUAGACGAUCAUUUUGUGUUUGCAAUGGGUGGUCAUAGUAUUGGAUCAAUUGUUCAGUCUGUUGAUGUAUUAGAUUUAUUUUCAGAACCAACUUGUUGGAAACCAACUGUUGACAUGUUGAUUAAAAGAACUGAAUUUGGAGUUGGCGUAAUAAAUAGUUACCUUUAUGCAGUUGGUGGAUAUGAUGGUACUAAUUCUUUAAAUAGUGCAGAAAAAUUUGACUGUGGUACUAAAGAAUGGCGUAUGAUAUCUAGUAUGUCUACUGCAAGAGCUGAUUUAGGAGCCGGAGUUCUGAAUAAUCUUUUAUAUGCGGUAGGAGGUUAUGAUUAUUCAUCAGGCGAGGUAUUAAAUUCUGUUGAAUGUUAUCAUCCCAGUCUUGAUAAAUGGACACCAGUGGCAGAGAUGUGUGUUCGUCGAUAUGGUGCAAGUGUAGGAGUUUUGGAUGGUGUCCUGUAUGUUGUAGGGGGUUUUAAUGGAUUAGAAUGUCAGAAAAGUGUAGAAGCAUACAGACCAAGUACAGGAGUUUGGACCACAGUUGACGACAUGAAUUUUCCUCGACAAAAUGCAGGUGUAGUUGCAUUAGAUGGUUUAUUGUAUGUCAUCGGAGGAGAUUACGCAGAUACUACUUAUGAUUCUGUAGAAUAUUACGACCCCAAUUCCGAUACCUGGUUCAUGCUAGAAGCGCCAAUGAAUGUAGAACGACAUUUUGCAGGCGCAGCAACCAUUGUUAGGCCACCUCAUUUUAAAACUUGUUAGCAUACAUAAUUUAUUUUCUCUUUUUAUAAGAGGUUUAUAAAUAUUUUUUUUAUAAUGUGUGAUGAUUUAUUGUUUUCUAUUAAAUUUUUUUGAAUGUUUUAUAAAAGCUAAUUGACUAAAAAUUAA